AUGAGUUCCUUAGUAACUCAGGCAGACUCUGAGUUGCUAAUGAUAAAAUAAAAUGAAUUCAAAGAAAUAAAUGAUGAUUUUCCAACGAUGGGGCUUUUUUGCAGAAAGAAAGUUAAAAGAGAAUAAGUUGAUAAUAGUCAAUGCUGCUUAGUAGGGACUUAGAAGAUUAAGGAAAUAGCAGAAGAUUAAAAAGAACAAGAUGUUGGAAUCAAUAAAUAUAUAUAUGAUAUAAACAAAAUAUUAAAGGAAUAGCAAGAAGAAGAGUUGAUACUAGAACAUCGUGUAGAGAAUUCCAUUCAGUACAUUUGUGGUGAAACAUUAGUUAAAGCAAUGAAAUAACCUGAUCUAGUUAUUUAUGAUUGUCGAUACCAAUACGAAUUCGAAGGUGGACACAUUAUGGGGGCUGUUCAUAUGAAUCAUUCUAUAAAUUUAUUCGAUGAAUUAUUCAAUUAAAGCCAAUACUCAAAGAAAAUUGUGGUGCUAUACUGUGAAUUCUCAAUCAAAAGAAGUCUCGAAAAAUAUUUUGAGAUUAGAAAAUUAGACAGAAAUAUUAAUUAAUAUCCAAAAUUAACAUAUAACAACUUGUAUCUAUUGUGCGAUGGGUACUCAAAGUUCUACUAAAACUUCUCUCACUUGUGUAAUGGAUUUUAUAUUUCAAUGAAUGAUCCUGCUUAUGAGUAAUAAUUGGACUAAGAAUAACAAAGAAGGAUUAUUGUGAAACAAAAGAGUAAUUAUAGAAAAUCACUUGUUGUUUCAAUAUGA